CAGAGUUGAUCCACACCUCAGAGAUAGGUUCCAGCGUGUUUGGGCAAGACGCACUGCCUCACUCUGCCUUUUCUUCCUUCUUAUUCCGUACAGAAACCUCAGAGCAGCUGCAAUUACUACAAGUGCUUGACAUUUUUUUGAAAAUAUGAGAAUGCAGGACGAGGCCAAGUGGGGCUCGGAGAAGAAAUCAUACGGAGAGAUCAACGAUCAACAUGCGCAUCAGCCUCAAGAAGAGAGGAAAGCAGUGCAGAAGAGAACCUUCACCAGGUGGAUGAAUGUGUUUCUGCAGAGAUGUGAUCCUCCACUUGAGGUGCAGGACCUGUUCGCAGACAUUCAGGAUGGCAGGAUACUCAUGGCCCUGCUGGAGGAGCUGACUGGGUGCAAACUUCUUUACAGGUUCAGGUCGUCUUCUCACCGCAUUUUCCGACUGAACAACAUUUCCAAGGCCCUGGAGUUCCUAGAUGAUAGACAUGUGAAGCUGCUUGGUAUUGAUGCCUCUGGUGUUGCUGAUGGCAUCCCCUCUGUUGUUCUUAAACUUGUCUGGAUCAUCAUCCUGCACUUCCAGGUAAAGGAGGUGACGAGAGGCCUCCACAGGCAUUUAUCUUCUAGCCUCUCUUCCUUAUCAGUGAGCAGUUACCCCUCUUCCAGUGACCUCUCUCUCCAGCCAAAUGACAUUGGCAGCUACUCGUGCAACACCCUGCCAAGCAAAGGCAGAAAUGCUGCCAGGGUGCCAAAGUACCAUGGGAAAGCAAUCAAGACUCUCCUGCAGUGGGUCCAAAGAUGCACAUCAAAGUUUGGCGUGGAGGUGCAUGACUUCGGGAAGAGCUGGAGAAGUGGUCUCGCAUUCCUCGCUUUGAUUAAGUCCAUAGAGCCGGACUUGGUCGACCUGCGGGAGAGUCUGUCCAGAGAGCCGAGGGAAAACGUUCAGCAGGCCUUCAUGGUAGCCCAUCGCAGUUUUGAUAUAACACCUCUACUGGAGCCUGAAGGUGUAAUGUGCACCUCACCAGAUGAGCAGUCCAUCAUUACCUAUGUGUCUAUGUUCCUGUGGCAUUGUGCAGGCAAAGAUGAGGCUCAAGCAACGGACAUUGGAGUUCCUGAUAUCCCAAAUUUUGGUUCCCUUGAGUCAGUGAGCUUCGGAGAAACCUUCGCUAACAACACAGAAGCUCAAGCUUUUUUCAGAGUUUCGGAGAAGAGCAGCGAGCAGCUUCUGUGGAAGCGGUGGUCCAGAAGAUCCCCGGGUGGCCCCCGUGCCACCUCGCUCCACUUGAAUGAAGCAGUUACAUCCCACCUCUCCUCCAGCGAUGGAGACAUCAUGUCAUCCUGUUGUUGCCAGAGCAUCACUGAGCAAUCUGCAGGCAGUGCUGCCACCUCGCCAUUCAACAAAAAGAGAGGGAGGCAUAGAAGUAUUUUAAAGCCCCCUAGUCCUCUAGACGCAGGGGUAGUUAACCCAGACAUCCGAUCCUGGAUGGAGAAAAGCUCGGAUCAGGUCUACAGCACGUCCAGAGCGGAUGAGAGUCACUUUUCUUUGAGCUCAGAGGAGGGAAUCUAUAAUUUGUCAGUGCUGGACUCAGAUGAGGAGGAUGCCUACAGCUACAUCCUGGAUCUGAACAAAGAAGUUUUUCAGCCGUAUAAUCAGCUGAAAAGACAAGUACAAAGGGUGGAAGAGGAGACAGUGGAAGAAGUGUACGAAGAGUCAAAGCAUCUGGAAGUAUGUGACAUGCUCAAUGGUCAUGGAUCUAAACUUCAGGGGGGUUGUCUUGUACAAAAUGCUGAUUUUGAUCAAGAAUCUGAAGACAGGGCUCAGUCGGUUCACAGGAAGUUGGAUUUGGACAAAAAUGGAAGAGAGAUGAGAUACAAUCGACCCGUGUUUGACAUGGAGCCAGAGGAUGGGAGCUGUAGAAAAGAGGAACCUGAGGAAGGAUUUGUUGGAGGACAGGUUAAUGAUUAUAGUGAGGAAGAGAGGGCGAAGGAGACGGAGGGUGUUAGAUUAGUGGCACAUGGAUAUGAUAAAACAGGGGCUCUGAUAGAUGAGGCAGAGAUUUUUAAAAUGGCUGAUUGGCAGAAAGGGCCUGAGGAAGACACUGACAGAGGGCUCUCUGUAAAAUGUGUAGAAGUGAGUGAGAAGAGAGAAGUCGACGAGGAGGAAAAAGACAGUUUGGCAUUGGUUGAGAAAGGACAUGACGGAAGGUUAGGGAAAGACAAAGGGGAAGAGGGUAAUAUUCUAAAGGAAGAGACUUCAGAGGGUUUCAGGGUAAGAGUAAAUCAAAAGAUACUGAAUAAUGAGGCUGUGAAUGAAGUCCGAGCUGCGAGUGCUAGAAUUCACAAACAAGAAGAAAAUGAAAGGAAAGACUCUGGCCCCAAAAUGGAAGAUCUAAUCAAGAACUGCAUAGUAGAGAAAACAGAGGCAUCCACUGACAAAGACACACAUUCAAUGGAUUCUGAGGCAGUUACAAAAGAAGAGGAAAAAGACAGGGGACUGAAGAAAUACAAACUCACUGAUAAGAAGACGACAAGGAUAGAACAUCUGGGGGAAACUCCCCCAAAAGAUGACCCUGAUGGAAGAGUUAACAUUCAUGCUGGUGAUAGCAGUUGGAUCCCAUCAUUCAGCAGUGAGGGAGGAUUCAUUCUUCAGUCUUUAGCCGCCUCUUGUGACAUAACCCCAUUAGAGCUUGAAAUGCUCUUGGUCUUUUGGAUCCUGCUCUACUGCUGCUUCAUCCUACCUCAAAUGAACCUCGGAGCCCCCCUGCUGUAAACCCUCCUUAUUCAGAUAUGCUUAUUAGCCCAGUUUCCACUAAUGAGCCAAACAGGGACACUUAAGGCUGUGUUGACUCUUUAUCUGUGUCGCUAAAUUUCCCUCCAGGCAACAUUUAAUGAUUAUGUUUGCCUCUCCCUGCCAGCAGAUAUAAUUUGUCAUUGGGGCUAUAGUUUCAGAUAAACACAUAACACUGUUUUCUAUUGUUAAACAGAUUUUCAGCUGCCAGCUCUUACACUGCACACAUUAUCAUACAAGUUUUGCGAAGGUGUUUUUUGCUGAAUGCGUUUUAGAAAUGCUUUGUUUAUUUGAUUUAUUUCUGUUGCAGAAAUAGUCCACAUGGUGGCAUUGCAGCAUCACAGCGGCAACUGUCUGCUAUGACAGACUGUCUAUACAGCAUUUUGCCACCCGCUGAGGGGUCCAUAGGGCCUGCUGUUUAAUUAGAAGCUGUAUCGACAUGGUGAGAUUAAGCUCAUAACAUUUAAUGAGCACUUUGACAUUUCCUAGACUCACUCGUUGUGUUAAAGCAAAAGUUUAUCCACAUUUUAGAUGAGUCUCAUGACAUUUUAAUGACUGUAAGAAUAGUAAAGCAGAUGUGUAAUAUAUAUCUUCUGGUCAUUUCCACCAGAAAGAAUCAGGCCUGAAAAUACAGCAGCAGCAGCAGCAGCAUGUAUAGUGUCUUUGUCAGUGUACACCUUAAAACUAGAGCAAGAUGUAAGUAUACAUCAGUUGCACAAGUGUUCAAAAUCCAUGUUGACCAGAGAGUUUAAUAAAGGGUGGGGGUGAGUAUGCGCUGUCCUAAACUGUCCACCAGACACACACACAUUCACAUUAGUUGUCGGUGAAAUUCUAAGAAUUUAAAAAACAUGCUGCCAUUGUUUGCUCGGAGCUCAACUCAUAGGUCAAAAGCUCUGUCCCAUAGAUCGAUGUACUUUCAACACUACCACUGCCCCCACACGGAGUCAUGAGAACACAACUUCCCCAAAGCUGGAAUUCGGCGGCAUCUCUUAAUCAGGCCGAGCUGUGAGUGUAUGUAUCCUAUAGCCUUCUGAGAGAGUAACGACAGGUCAAGCAGUGGCUCCCCAUAUCAGCCCUAAACCCAGCCGGACACCAGGACCACUUCCUUGUCCGAUGCCAGGCAGCAAGAGCACGACAUCUUAUCCUCGCACUUGGGUCUGGUGGCCGCUCUGGCCCUGCUGUCUCAGGAGUCUGGGUCUGAGAGCCGGAGCCAGGCCCUGGAGGUCUUGGAGUUGGCAGCCAACUGCAACAGAGGGAAGGAGAGGAGGUGGGAGUGGGGCCACAGCAGGGGUGGAAAUGUUAGAAGUGAAUGCUAUCUGAUGUAGGCUAAAUCCACUCUACUGCGUUUGAGUUUUAAAAAGCAUCAGUGCUGUUAUGUUCACACCUGCCAUCCACACUACUCUGGACUUUUCAAACACUUAAAAUGGAGAAGUGUGGAAGUGCUGCCGGCCCCGUUUGAAGUAAAACUAGUUUGUGUGACCCAACUGGAUUGUUUGUGUUGUUUGCCCUGUCAAAAGAUCUGGAAAUAUUUAGCUCAGGCUAGCAGUUUGAGCAUGGCUGUCAUAUCAUCCAAUACAAAUCCAAUAUGAUAGUGUGAUAAACUGGGAUUUCACAAAGGCAAAGAUUUCAGCAGAGUGGUCUUGCUAGAAUUUCUAAAUGUUUUGGUGGGGACCAGUGGCAUAUAGUUUUUUCCACACAACUAUCCUGUGUGCUAUUAACGAUUCACGUAGAUUCACUGGUAUUAAACUUGUCCUUUACAACAACCUACUAUAAUUUAAAGAACCAAAAUUGUAUGUUCCAAGUACCAUCUUUAUUUUUUAUAAUGUCAUAGAACAGAACUAGGGUUGGUUACUUGUUUCUGAAACAAUUGAUCUGUA